AUGAGCGACUCAUCUUCUUCUGACGACGAGCCACUCAUGGAAAGUCCCUGUGAAUCGGAUGGGGAUUCUGAUGACGACAAAGACGUGUUCCGAUAUGACCGUAGAAGGUUCAUUAAGGCAGCUCCAACAGCGCCAACUCAAGAUAAAUUGGCCACUCCAGCGCGUGCCCAACGUAGGCGAUUGAAGCCCUCUACUGAUGAUCAAAUGUCAAUACUCGAGAAAAGGCAAGAGAAGAAGCAAAAAACUCUCCGAGCACGCAUUGACCAAACCAGUACAUUGAAUGAUGACAGUGAUGAGUCUAUUGAUGAUUCGAAUUAUCCUAAUGUAAAUGCUGACGCAGAUACUUCAAUCGAAAUAUUGGAUGUCCCUGAUGAAAUAUCUGUGUUAGCUGCGACGAGAGAAAGUAAGAAAGUCAUAGACUUGGCAGAUAGCUCAGAUGAUGAUGAAAAUGUCGCAACAAUAAGAUCAAAUAUUCCGACGUCUGAUCCACUACUUCAACGUUCGAGACUGGCGAGGCUGCAACUGAGGCAAGCGCAGCUGUAUCAUGCUGAAGACGUUGAUGUCGAUACGACGGAAUUGGAAGCAGUUUUGCCUUUUACAGUGUCAAAAGCAAGCCGGACGCAAGAGCUAGACAAGCAGGCUGUCGAGAAUAUUGGAGAAAACAUGCAAAUUGCGUGUAUUAUUAAGCGUGAAAUCAAUGGAAAGGGCCAAAAUAUUAUUAAGCGCCAGUUUUUAAUCAAGCAGAAUGAGCCAGUCCAGAAAUUAGUGAGCAAGAUUCUUGAGGCGGAUUCCUUGCCGGCAUCAUCUCGCGUUAAGGUGGUCUUUCAUGGUGUGAUCCUGGAGAAGCAUCGAACCCCGGCCUCUUAUAACAUGGUUGACGAGGAUCAGGUGGACGUAGAAAUUGCUGCCAACAUUGUCCCCAGGCUUAACUCCAGCCGAACCAAAAGUGACUAUGGCCCAAGUCUCAAUCUUAAGCUGAGGAGACGAGUUGGAAAGAAUGUUCAGGAGAUUGAAAUGCGAAUUGGAUCAAGGCAGCCUCUUCAGCAAAUUAUUGAUUUGUAUCGAGAACAACAGAAUCUGGAGAACCAGAACGUUUCACUUCAUUUCGAUGGCGAGAAACUUGAUCUCUCAAAGACGCCUCUGGCCUAUGACAUGGAAUCUGGGGAGCUUGUUGACGUGAAUUGUAAGGGUAGAGGCGACGGAAAUUGA